GCCACCCCACUUGACGUAACCACGCUGAUUACCGUCGGUUCAGCUGGAACUAAAUUAUAUUGAAUACCAGUCUGAUGUCACCAUUCAGCUCAGCACGACAUACUAACCGUAAAAUCGUGUUUUUAUCCAAAACGGUCUAUUUAAUUUCUAACGAAAAGAAAAUUUACUGUACUCGCAGAAAACGCGCUAAAAAUAACUCAAGGCCGCGCCACAGAUUAAAAACUAAUUUCUUAGGUAUCAAAACUUUUUGUUUCGACCUUAUUUAUUUUUAACGCUGCGGGUACUACGUUGAAGUACGCAUGCGCCGGCUUUUCACCCUGUCACCUCACAUAACCUCAAAGGGGUUCAACGGGAACAACAAUUCAUUAAUAUUAUUUUGUAUGGUGUAAUUUUUAAAUGGGCAGCCGUGUGUGCGUCGACAUUCCUAUUGGCUGUCUGACAUCGAACCAUUGCCUCAAAUGAUGAACAGUCGAGGAACAGCGGCUCGUAAAGUGAAUCAGUGCCCGUUAUGUUGAGGAAAGAGGAACAUUACAGUGAUAUUUCAGUGAUAAAUACUAAGUGAAUCGAUGUACAUAGUGAUUUAUAAGUGUAUAGAUAUAUUAAAGUGAAGUUUUAGAGUGAGUGUUUAUAAAAAUAUUGCCGCAAUAUUUUUAGGUUAUGUUUGGUCGCUUUCACGCCGUCUGUGUACAGUCAGCAGAUUAGCAAAACAAAUUGCCUAAUUGUUUUUCGAUUUUCGAAUUGAAUUAGUAGUGUAGUUGUGUGACCUACAUUGUUCACGUUUAGUUGUCGUGUAUAAACGCAGCAACAUCACAAAAGACUGAUACUCGACUAAUCUUCUACAAGAUUAGUUAAAAAGAAAGCUUAUCAACAACGAAUCUGGGACCAAAUGGACUGAUAAAUUAAUAAACAGAAUAAAACGAAAAGUGUCUUAAAACUAGUGCAUAAGUGUAUACAGACUUUAGAGACGAUAAUAACAAUUAAUAUGACGAAGAAGAAUUUAUCCCAGGCUACUGGGUUAUUGAACCCCGCCGAACCAGAGGUUCCAAAGAUAAUCUUAGAUGAAGAGGAGUCGCGAAGAAACUCCCUGAUUGGUAGUGUGAUGGAUAACAUCUCCAUCGCUGCAAGAGGGAGGGACUAUGACGUGAAGAGGAAACGAUGGCUAAUGCUCGGCAUGUUUGUGAUCUACUCGGCCUCAAACUCCAUGCAGUGGACUCAGUUUACGAUAAUUCAGGACAUAAUAAUGAACUAUUACGGUGUGACUGGCAACCAAGUGUCGUGGACUUCCAUCAUUUAUAUGAUCACCUAUGUGCCUCUCAUAUUCCCUGCGAGCUGGUUUCUGGAUAAAACGAUGACUGAUCAAAAGAAUAUGGAAGUUUGUGGAAGUGUUAUGGACGGUGUGGCUGAGAAGGGGGGAGUGUUGGAGUCCCCUACUAAGAAGGGAGCGACGGAAUACGUGGUGUACCCUAUCCGAUGGCUGGUUCUGUUCGUGUUUGUCUUCAACUCGGCGUCGAACUCGAUGCAAUGGAUACAGUACACGAUCAUCCAGGACGCCAUCGUGAAGUACUACGAUGUGUCGAGUAUCCAGGUGUACUGGACCUCGAUGAUCUACAUGAUUACGUACAUCCCUCUCAUAUUCCCCGCUAGCUUCCUGCUGGAUAAGACGAACCUUCGCGUGACAACAAUCAUCGGUUCGUUCGGGACGUGUUUGGGAGCAUGGCUGAAGGUGUUCUCCGUGCCCCAGGACAUGUUCUGGCUGGGUUUCACUGGCCAGACUGUGGUGGCAGUCUCCCAGGUGUUCAUACUCAACGUACCGCCGCGUCUGGCAGCUGUCUGGUUCGGAGCUGAUCAGGUCUCGUCUGCCUGCAGUAUCGGCGUGUUUGGGAAUCAGCUUGGUGUUGCCGUUGGCUUCGUGCUUCCUCCGAUGUUAGUCCGUGCAUCGGGCACCAUCCCCGAGAUAGCAGCCGACCUGCGCCUCAUGUUCUACCUCAUCGCAGGCUUCACCAGUGUGCUGUUCGUUUUUAUUCUACUGUUCUUCAAGGCCGCUCCCCCCUCGCCACCAUCAGCCGCUGCAGAUCUUGGCAACAGUCUGGACUCGAACUUCCUACUGUCCCUGAAGAAGCUGAUCACGAACCGCAACUAUGUGCUGCUCCUCAUCUCAUACGGUCUCAACGUCGGAACCUUCUACGCUAUCUCGACCCUGCUCAACCAAGUCAUUCUCACUUAUUAUCCGGGAGCUAACGUAGACGCGGGUCGCAUUGGUCUGGUGAUCGUGGUGGCCGGCAUGGCAGGGUCGGUGGUGUGCGGGCUGGUGCUGGACAAGACGCACCGCUUCAAGGAGACCACGCUCUCGGUGUACGCCGCCUCCGUCGUCGGCAUGCUCAUCUUCACCUUCACGCUCGACUGCGGAUACAUCGCCGUGGUCUAUCUCAGCAGCAUUUUACUUGGGUUCUUCAUGACUGGCUACUUACCUGUGGGCUUCGAGUUUGCUUCAGAGGUGACCUACCCCGAGCCUGAAGGCACCACUUCAGGAAUACUGAACGCUGUAGUUCAGAUCUUUGGUAUUGUAACUACCCUACUGUAUGAAUGGAUGCUGGGCACAGUUGGAGAUCGCUGGUCGAACCUCACUCUCUGUGGACUGCUGGCUCUAGGCACAGCCAUCACGGCAGCCAUCCGAUCCGAUCUGAGGCGCCAGGCCGCUCAGAACAACGCCAAGGAGUGAAUCGAUCAACGUAUUCAUAAUAACUUACAUUCCAAAAGUAUUCUCAAAUAAUGCAUUAUUUUAUAAAAUUAUUGUAUUGUAUGCAGCCAGCUUUACGUUUUUAAUUAUUUUUAAAUUCUCUGUGAGUUGGACUCAAGCUGUGACGUAACUGCACUCAGUUUAAGUCGGGCCUAUAAAAAUUAUAAUAUAUUGUUAGCAGCGAUACAUUAUCUCACUAUAAUAUUAUUAUUUAUUAAUGAUAAGUUUACGUAUUAUACUUAUGUUAGUGGUGCUUAGGCUGUGAAUUUAUCGUUAUCAUCUUGUUUGGACUCAUUCUCAGGCGAAUUCUAGAGAGGAAUAAAUGGAUAAACGUAUACGGCAAUAAUUUGCAGAGAUUUUUAAUUAAUAUUUUAGUAGCCUAGUAGGUACCUAUUGAAAUUAUUUAUUAUAAUGGAAAUGCCUUUUAGUGAUACCAUUAUCAUCCAAGUGUCAAAUUCUGUAGACUUUAAGUAAGCUCGGCAGCUUCGACUGUAUAAGGCGAGAAGAAUUAGAGAAUUUUAAAGAAAGUGGCUUGUGAAAUGUCUAAGUAUUUAUUUUUUAUUAUUGAUUUUAGUGCUGUAUUUAUUUCACUGAAAGUUCCUUUAAAUGAAUUAAAUAUUAUUUAUAUGUGAUUUAUCUUUAGGUUUGUAAGGUGUACCGACAUAUUUUAUCGUAAUUUUGAAUGUAGAGGUCUCGAUAAGAAAGCAGUUAAUCGAACGAAUGUUUGCCUCAGGGAGGAACAGCGAUGUGCAUCCAAUGAAUACACUCCGACAUUCUUUUAAAAUUACCUAGCGAAUAUUUUGGAAGAAAUGUGUAGCUCCUAGGAUUAUAAUAUAGAGCUAGAACUUGAAAUCACGACAAUAAUUGUGUGACUGUAUCUAUACGGUAGUUUUUGCCACCAACUAGAAUAGAUUGUGACGUAUCUUCGGAAUGAUAUAUUGAUGUUGUAGAUUGAUUGAAUAUUUAUGAAAACUAACCUUUUGGAUGAAAUUGAGACAAAUAUUUUAAAUACAUACAUUAUAUUGUGGACGUAGCUAAAUGAAGGAUACAUAUACCUAUAUAUAAAUUGUAUGAUGUAGGAGUUUUCAAUAUACUUACAUGUAACUACUUAUAAUAUUCUACAAAAUUCUAAACAUUGCGUAUGUGCUCGUAAAAAUAUGCGCAAAAUAAUUAGAAUAAAUUCAGAACGCCCUAAAUAAUACCUACAUUUUGCACAUUGGGCUGUCUAUCGAAGAGGCAGAACAGAUGUAUGUCAGUGCCCCAAAUACCUACAAAUAAAUCCAAAAAUUUUCGGCCUAAAGGCCAUCUAAUAAAAAAAUCUAUGUCCAUUUAGAACUUUAUAUCGUAUAUAAAAUUAUAUAGAAAUAAAAUAAAUAAUUAUGAUUGUAAGUUAGUAUGUAUAAGCAGAGUAUGAGCAGGUAGUCUGUUCCUAGAGAAUUGUAGACAACAAGGUUUUGUAAUUAAAAGAAAGUAGCUCAUCACUCUGCCGUUAGUGUAUUUUAAAAUAAAUUAUUUUGGGAUUUUAAAUCCUAUUUGUGAUCUAUUAAGGAUUGUUUUGGCUUUUUGUGUAAUCUCUACGUGUUAAAAUUAAACUAGUAAGUUAUAACUUAGGCGAUUGUUAAGGUUUGUGUAUCUAGAUUUGUUUUGUUAAGCAAGUACUUAAACACUUCUCGUUGC